AUGCUACACGAUACACUUUUUGCGUUGCUCUUUGCUGUUUCUUUUUAUCUGAACUCAGAUGGUUUGGUGGUUGAACAGAUAGAGACUAAUUUCCAAAAAUGA